CGGCUACCGAUGAGUGUAAAGAUGCGACCUGCCACAAUAACAGAGCUGUUAUUCUCCGCCAGGUGUCAAAAGUUGCACUUCCGCUGCUAAAACCUUCGCGCUCAUCAACGACGACGGCGACGACGACCACAGAUGACUACCGCUAAGGCGAUGGCAUCCAGCUGCGAAAACAUGACUUCAAUCGACGGCAAUGGUGGCGGCGGCCCCAGUGACCUGCGUCACUAUUGCACCCUUCGCAACAAUAGGGCCAAUUCGAACGGGGUCGCUAAUGGCCGCCAACCCGAGGACGACCGAAGGGCCGCCAGUCGAGAAUCCGACGCCGCCAGGAUUGGUCAGUUCUGUACGAUUCGGGGUUCCAAGGGAACGACGACUAUGGGCAAUACGGCGGGGGUUGGAGCGGAUCCAGGAGGGGCGAUCUAUUUCGGAGAGGGGGGCGAGGAUAGCCGGAGUGAGCAGAACCGGAAUCUACUGUACGAAGAAAACAUGUGCACGUUCGAGAAUUUCUGUGAAAAGAGCCUGGAGGAUCGUGGGGGAGAAGAAGGGGAGGCCGGUGGUGAAGGGAUUGGGAACUUCUGCACGCUUCGAAAGAAGCGAUCCGUUUCGCAGAAGGCGGUGGAUCAAGUGAAUGGUGGUACCAGUUAUGGGCCCAGCUGUGACGGGGAGUCCAGUGAUGUGCGUGAAACGUCCCUGGUGGAAGGGGAAGUAGCAAGCUAUUGUACCCUGAAGAAGAAAAAGUUAAAGUUGAAUCAGAAGUUUGUGGAAAAUUUCCUCGAAGAUCCAAAUGCCAAGCUGCACGACUAUCUGUCCGAGUUGGAUGCCUACUUGGACGAGAUUGAUGGGUUGGAUUCCGAGGGUCAGUUCUCCAGUGAUGACGAAGAAGAAGAAGUGCCCCGUGAAAAGGUGAAAGAAGAAAUCGUGCCGGAAAAUGAUCACGCAGAAGCAGUGCCGCCACCCGCGAUCAGUUACAUCGACGUCAAAAAUUUCUGCACCCUUCCCAAGAGGAAGCGAGUGCAGUUUCUGAAUGCAUUCCAAAGGGCGGGCCCUCUGAGGAGGACCUUUGCCGCCCCCGGUCCGAGCAGUCGCCGCAGUAGCAACAAAGAAAACAGCGGCAAUUUGGACCCCAUUCGGGGAGAAGUGAUCGCCGAGGCGGAUGAAUCAUCACCGGCGGGGACGGCCGAUCGUGACUCAGUAGGCGCUGCAAAAGAACCAUCCGACGAUUUCAUACGAGACAUCACAACUAACUCAGAACCUACCUCAACGGCAACCCUAGAUCGACGACCGCGGCGCAGCUCCACGUGGCAACGCAACUCCAUGCGCAAGACUCGACCCAUCACGCUGCCAGAUCAUAACGAAUCCUCACAGGAUGCCUCCUACAUCGACGACAGUAUUAAUGCAUCACUCAGCACUGUGUGCACCGACCUCGCCAGCCUGCCUCACCCGGAGUCCCAUCAGCAGGAAUCGCUUACCCUCGAGGAUCACAACGAACUCAGCUCCAUCACAACUCUGCCGGCGUCGGAACUGGAAGCGCUCCCACCCGACUCUCCCAUCACCUACGAAUCGUCCUACCAGCAGACUGAACCGCCACCUCCAACCCACCCGACGCCCAGUGCUCCCAUCACCGAGGAGGAUCUCAUUCCCUACCUGGUGUCGGCCUCCCUCUACGAGCGGGAUCCUCCGCUGGAAACGAACCUCGACAGCCCGACGCAAACAACCCGUCCGCGGCAAACCGGCCGGCGAUCCGAGGUGCGACCACGCGUGGUAUCGAUCACGGCCGAGAGGGACGCGACCACCAACCAGCUGAUCAUCCGAACCAGUACCAGUCCGCCUAGUCAGCGAACAACCAAUAGCAUGCCAGUUGCAGCGGCGACGGCGGUGGCAUCGUCAUCAUCGUCCUCGUCGUUCCAUCAACAGCAUCACAACUCACAUCACAGUCACCAUUCGUCGCACCAUCAUCACAAUCAUCGAUACGGCGGGAUGGGAUCGGAAACGAGUUCGAUUGGGUCGUCGCGGAACCCGAGUCCUGUGUCGCUGCUGUCGACGACCACGUUCAGCUCGAUCGCGUCCGGAAUGGGCACCGAAAGAUCCCACUCAAGGCCAGACGAUGACGACUCGCGGCAACGCACGGGUGACGUAACGAGUUUGGCCCUCGGAACGGAAUCGACGGUCACGGCGGCGACUGGUAAUGGCAAUGGGACCACCACCCGGAACGGCAACGGAUCGCUGCCUCACGCGACGGCAAUUGCCAUCGGGGAAGUGGAUUCCGACUCCUCGGAUGAUGACGAAUCGGUACCGGAAAUGGACCGGAACGGACGACCGAAACCAAAGUGGCCGCACAUGUUGUCCCGGGCGAUGGCCUGUAGCUUCUGCACGCUCGGCCUUUUCAACAUGUCCCGGUUCGCCAUUUUCAGUAUUCAUUUCGGGGCGAACUUUAUCGUUCAGUUUCUGAUCUUCUCGUUCCUGUUCGGGAUUCCGAUGCUGUGGUUGCAGAUGGUGCUCGGAUCGAGAGUUCGGGGCGGACCGGUGACCAUGUGGCGGAUCAGCCCGAUUUGUAAGGGCAUUGGGAUAGCGCUGAUUCUGGCGCAGGGCUUAAUCUCACUCUACUCGGCCAUUUCGCUCAGCUGGGUGCUAGUCUAUUUCCGGGAUUCGUUCGUGUCCCGAAGUGAGAAAUACCGGUGGCAGGAGAUAUUCGAGAUGUACCGAGGUCCAGGGAACCAAUCAUUCCGCCUUUCGGAUACUGUGGCAGACUACUUUAACGGGGUGGUUCUUCAGCGGUUUCAAUUGGGUCCAGGGGUUCGGGGUAUCAACGGAAUCGGUGCCGUACGGUUCCAGUUGGCCUUCAACCUGGCCAUAUUGUGGACAUUCGUGUUUGUGGUGUUGUGCAAGGGAAUCCGCUCGUUCGGGAAGAUCGUGAUCGGAUUGUUCUGCCUAGCUUUCAUCGGUCUCAUAGCGGUCACUUCCAAGUUCCUUUCGAUGGUAAACUACGACAGUAUCAAAAACGUCUUCCCAGCUACGGAUUGGGCGGACUUCUUUAUCAACUCCAAGAGUUGGAUGAGUGCAGCGCAAGAAACGUUCCUGACCUGGGGUCUCCUGGGGAUUUCGGUGUAUUCGAUCAGCUGCAGAACCAACCGGAAGGGAAGUGGCUCGAGGAGGACCAAACGAGAGCUGCGACGAGAUGCCCUGCUGGUGGCGGUUGUGACGCUUACCGGAUUGAUGCUGGCGGCCGCUUUUGGAAGUGCUUGCGUGCAGAUUUUGAACAGUCGAGGGUACUACUACUUUCCUGGAUCGUACGAAAACAUCGGAACGGACAUCUUCCUGCUUCCGGCGGACCAGCCACUUCCUCCCCAGCACGCCAACAUGCCCACCAAAUGGCUCAUCCGCUAUUCGAUGGUCCUGGGCGAAAGCUUCAAACGGCCGUACGCGAACCCGCACCAGGAAAGUGGCUACCAGGUGCUCCGUCUGGUGACGGAGCUGUUCCCCUCGACGCUGGCCGCGGCCACUCAGGAACACAUCGCCCCCAUAUGGAGCCUGAUUGGAUUCCUGACACUGUUGUUGUUUGGGCUGGGCCAGCUUUGCGCCAUGUGGAAACCGAUUGCCGGAGCGAUUGGCGAUUCACCGUCGUCGAUUGUGCUCAGCUGUGUGACCGGGCUGUUCAUGGGCAUCCCGCUGGCCACCGAGAGCGGUAUCACGAUCAUACACUAUCUGGACAUGGUGCUGGGUGGGGCGUGGUGGUUACUGCUGCUCUGGAUCGGACAUAUAUUGGCGAUAUUUUUGGUGCGGGGACGACCACUAACAAGUGACCUGCUGGUGAACGAUCUUCGCCUCGGACAAACGCUGUCCGCAUUCAUUGCGUUCGCGUGGAACUUCCUGCUGCCGAUCGGGAUGAUCUUCUUGUGCAUCAUGGAGUACAGGGUUUCCAACUCGAACUCGCUGUUCAACUGGAAGCACGGAGGAUACUGGCCGCUGUGGGCUCGCCAGAUCGGAGGGUUCAUCCAGGUCGCUUUCCUACUGUUGGUCCCGGUGGUUACGGUCGUGCAGAUCUACCGCUACCUGAGCAAGGGACCACCGGAUAUUCUGGAUCGAUUCGACCGUUUGCUGCGUCCUUCCAUGGGAUCGCAGGACGGAACGUCCAAUAUCGGCAAUAGCAGCCGGCUGCAGUAUACCCGACGACCGGCGCCGCCCCUUCCGGUGCGGACCAUCAAUUCCGGAUCGACUAUGAUUUCACUGGAAUCGAGACCGCCGCAGGACGAUGCACCGCCCAAGUACACGCCACCUCCGUCGUACACCACGGCCACCGGAGCCAGGAUCGCCAAAAUGUUGCGCAACAGCAUCCGGCGUAGCGUUCGAAGAAUCAUCGGCGAAUCCAGCGGCAACCGCCAGCGGGCUGCCAUUCCCGUGCAGAGUUCCGCCAAUCCGGCCGGAGGAGAUGAACUCCCUCCUCCGGACUACUCAACCAUUCUGACGAGCAUCGCGCUACAACCUGGCAACACUGUUUCCCUUCCGCCGACCGGACUCGAAAUGGGUCCUCGGGUCCUGUACAAUAGCGAAACCCUUAGCGGACGUCGUCGACACCGAUCGCUGACGAAUGCCAACGGCCCACAUCAACAGCAGAAUCUCACAGCCAACGAUGUCCUGCAGAUUCUUCGUCCGGUGACCAGCCAAUCUAAUCCGGCUGACGAUCCUUCACCACCAACCCCGCUGAACCGGACGCCUUCGUUCGCAGUGGCCGCGGCGGCAUCGUCCUCCGCCAUAGGGUACGGCAACGUUGACCUGGUGGUUCGGAACUCCCUCAACCGAAGACACUCAGCCGGCGGUUCGGUGGAGAACCUGGUUCUCGGAGCUGCCCCCAUUGGCGACUCCAGCAUUAUAACUCUGGCCGUUGAUGAUGACGACGACUGCGAUUACGGCCGGAAUGCCAACAAUGAACGACACCGGAUUGGUAAUGAUUCUGUGAUAUAAGAUAAACUUGAGGAAGAUUCCCCGAAAAACGCCUUAUGCGAGAUUCUUAGUUUUGUCGUGGUUUUGAACCAGCAUGUUUCGGUCUUCAUUAUCGCGAUAAAACUCUACUACUGCUACUAGAGUGCGCUCCAGAAUUUGUAUUGUACUACCUACUGCUAGGAGACCAGAAUACGCUUCAGGUAUUAUAACGUUAGAAGAACUUGAUCUAGUUGGCGUUGUUGCGCGGUCAAACACGUGGACGCGCGCAAUUUCUCCUAAACAAAAACACACACACACACACACAUCACCUUAUUUUUAACGUUUGACUACUCAGUUUAACUUAUUUGCAGGCACUAGGGAAUGAAACAAAAAGUCUUCGCUUCCACUUCACACGCGAAUUUGUAGAUUUAGAGAAUAGUCGUGAAACAAAAAACAUUAUUAGAUGCAUAUACCUAGAUAUUUAAGUUUAGUGUUAAGUUUUCUUUACGCGCAGCGGAAACCGUUGGGAUGAGAUUUAUUAACGAUGAAAUGAUGAUUGAUUAUAGAAACGUAAGCGAUGUAAUUUAAACUUGACCCCGUCCGGUAGGAUACCGAUUUUGUAAUAAUGAGCACAAACACACAAAUAACUGAUAGAAAGUGUACAAG